AUGAGCGGAGACGCGGAAGAUAACCUGGAGGAACAGGCACAAGUGGCGUCGCAGGCGGAGACACCCCCGCAGACAACGGAACUUGAGACGAAGGAGAAAAAGAAAAAAAAAAAAAAAAAGGACAAAGGCGCCAAAGGGGACAAAAAUGACCCCAAUAGAAAAAAGAACAAAAAAAAGAAGCAAAAAGAGAAAACCUCCCAAAAUGAGAAAGCGACAGCCGUGGGACGGAAAAAGAAGCUACGAAAGAAGGACGCACCACAGGAUGAUAGCGACUCGGUAGAUGAUAGCAGCGAUGGAGACAGUUCCCACGACAGCGACAUGGAAAGUUUGGAAAAUUUUUGCAGAAACAACGAUCUUAGCGAGCCCAGCUCGGAAGAACACGAAUCGGUGGAUGUGGCUGAUAAGGAUGACCGCGAAAACGAAGGGAAGCCGAUCGAUAUAGAGUACGUAGAGGCGUACCUCAAUUCCGUGAGCAAGAAGACGAGGUUGAGCAAGUUGGUGAAGCUGCUCUCCAUGUUUCGGGAUGCCCUGAACAUGUUCGUGGAUGAUGAGGUGGAGGACGGUAUGCCCAGGAAAGGAGGAGAGGUGGUGGACGAAGCAGAUCAGGGGGAGAAGCAGAAAAAGGGCUCAAAGGGGGGAAAGAAGCAACGAAUUAUGAAAGGAUCAAAGGGGGAUGAGGGUAAACGAAGCAGAAAAAAGUACGCGAUGAACGUGGAUACGUCCAUUUUCACCGUCUUCAAUGUGCUAUACAACGUGGACUCCCUCUUCUACAAUAUCACAAAUGAAGGGUCUCGCGAGCUCAGGGUGUGGAAUUUGGAGAGUAUCAGAAGAAAUGAGAUAUACCAGGAGGAUAGCACUCUUCAGAAGGAUUGUGAAAUGGAAGAGGAGACAAUAGGGGACAAUGUGAAAAGCGCAAAAAUUACAGAUAGCGCACAGAGUAUGGAGAUUUUGGAAAAUAUGCCAAAUUAUAAAAACUUAGAAAAGUAUAAAAUGUUGAUUGUCCAUUUCUUCAAGUAUCUCUUGAGUCGAAUGAAGAAACUAAACAACAGUGAUGUGUGCGCGGGGGUAAUAAAAAUUUUGAAAAAAAAAAAUAUCCUAAGAUGGAUAGUGAUAUUAAACAUGGGAAAAAACUUUUUAAAAAAAAUCUGCAGAAUGUUUAUUUUGUCGAAGAAAAACGAUGUUUACUUUUUCCUUUUCUUGUUAAUACAAAAUAUGUUUCAGCUGUACAAUGAGAAGAAAAAAAUAAUAUAUAACAACAGCGUUGCCAAUUCUAACCACAAAGAAAAGGAAGAAAUUAAAAAGACAUACCAAUUGGAGAAACUCCUAUUCGAGGUGUACCAAUAUCUGAUGCAAAGAUAUUUAAUCCAUUAUGGAAGUAAUUACCAAAAUGUGCUCCUUUUGAGUCACAUGAAUUUUAAAGAAAACUGCCUCAUCGAGUUGUUCACUUUGCUCUCCCAUGAUGUGGCCUAUACCAUCACCUUUAGGUAUAUCCAAACCAUCAUGCAGAAAAUCAGGGAGGGCUUCAAGGUCACCUACGAGGAAGGCAAAAAGGGGGAUAUGCACACAGUAGAUCAGCAAAUGAAAGCGAAAAACCGAGAUGCAGGAAAAAAAAAAAAAAAAAACACACCAAAGGUUAACCUCAUCGAAUUUAAAACAUUCCACCUCCAAAGCAGCUAUAUGAUCCUCCUCCUGAGAUUUCUAAUCAAAAUUAUCAAACUGUGUCAAAAUUUGGAUAUCCUAACAUAUGGAUUAACGGUAUUAAUAAUUGCAAUUUUGAAGACUAAAAUUAAUAACAUGAAAUAUGUACCUGUGAAUUUACAACUACUUCAUUUGCUAAUUCGAAUCAUGGAGGACAAAAAAAAAUACAUCCCACUAUUCUCCUAUUUUACAUGCAUCAUGAAUGGACUAAAAUCUUAUCAGCAUGUCAGGACAAUUUCCAAAGAUCAACAAAUCAGAUUAACCAUUGAAAAUUUCGACAUUAACACCUCCCUCGAAAUUGACGAAAAAUUAAUUUCAGAUUUCUCUAUAGCUCAUCAAGUAUAUGAAAAAUUAUAUGUCCUGCUAUGUGAUUAUGUUGGACUCAUGGUACAUCAUAUUUCCUUUCCGGAGUUUUUUUUCGCUAUAGAUUCGUUCCUCAAAAAAUAUUUCUCCGAAUGUAAAGUACAUGCAUUCAAAAUGAAAAUUAAAAAUCUUCUUGUCUUGGCAAAAAAUUCCAUCGAAAUUAUUCAGAAGAAAAGAAAAAAUAAAAAUAUCUACACCAUGCAUGAUAAAAUGAUUUUUUUCGGAAAUGAAAACUUGCCUUUAUCUGCACAUAGGCUGACCGUUCUCGAGAACUAUGAAAAUAGCUGCCUGGUAAAAAUGAAGGCCAGGAUUAGUGGACUUGAGAAUAUUAAACAUGCACGCGAUGAGGUACAGGAGGAGGACAUUCCUUCAAAGCGGUCUGCCAAAAAAAGGAAACGAGAAGAUCAGAACGCUGCAAGUAGUAGUAGUAGCAAGAAGGGGAAGAAGAAAAAGAACAAGAAAAACAAAAAAAGCCACAACAACGACAUCGACAACGACAAGCCGACUGCGGAGGCGGAAGCCCCAUCCAGAGAGGACAAGGUCGAGGAUUUUUCCAUGUCCAGUGAGGAUGAGCAGGAAGAUGCAGAGGAAGACGCCUAA